AUUCCACGCCCUCCCCCGCUCCCGGAGCUCAACGUUGGACAAGGGCGGGCGGGCGGGGUGCGAGGGGGGUGGGUGCGGGCGCGGGUGGAGAACGGUUUCCCCGGCGACGGUUUCCCGGGCGACCCGGGGGUGGGGGGAGCGGGAAUGCCGCACGCGGCCCCGAUCUUCCUCCCGGAGCCCCCCCUCCCCCGGGGGCGAAUGGGAUCAGUUCCGAGUUCUGGGACCGAGUCUUGGAGAGUCGUUAGGAAGAGUGGGGGAGCAGCCGAGAAGAGUCAAUAGGGGGUUGACAGAUGUCACAGGCCGGGCCGCCUGGUGGCAGACAGCUGGCAGAGAGAGCAGUUGGCUACCAUGGAAUCACCUGAGGAACCCGGCGCCUCCAUGGAGGAAAACUACUUCGUGAAUUACACCUUCAAAGACCGGUCCCAUUCCGGCCGUGUGGCCCAGGGCAUCAUGAAACUGUGCCUGGAAGAAGAGCUCUUUGCCGACGUCACCAUUUCGGUGGAAGGCCGCGAGUUCCAGCUCCAUCGGCUGGUCCUUUCGGCUCAGAGCUGCUUCUUCCGGUCCAUGUUCACCUCCAACCUGAAGGAGGCCCACAAUCGAGUGAUCGUGCUGCAGGACGUCAGCGAGUCGGUCUUCCAGCUCCUGGUGGAUUAUAUCUACCACGGGACUGUGAAACUUCGAGCUGACGAGCUGCAGGAGAUCUACGAGGUGUCCGACAUGUACCAGCUGACAUCGCUCUUUGAGGAGUGUUCUCGGUUCUUGGCGCGCACCGUGCAGGUGGGGAACUGCCUUCAGGUGAUGUGGCUGGCGGACCGGCACAGUGACCCUGAGCUUUACACGGCCGCCAAGCACUGCGCCAAGGCUCACCUGGCCCAGCUGCAGAGCACAGAAGAAUUUCUCCACCUGCCCCACCAUUUACUCACGGACAUCGUCUCAGAUGGAGUUCCGUGUUCCCAGAACCCAACAGAGGCCAUCGAAGCCUGGAUCAAUUUUAAUAAAGAGGAAAGAGAGGCUUUUGCAGAGUCACUCAGGACCAGCUUGAAGGAAAUUGGGGAGAAUGUGCACAUUUACCUGAUUGGGAAGGAGUCCUCUCGUACCCAUUCCUUGGCCGUGUCCUUGCACUGUGCAGAGGACGACUCCAUCAGUGUAAGCGGCCAAAACAGCUUGUGCCACCAGAUCACUGCCGCCUGCAAGCAUGGCGGUGACCUGUACGUGGUGGGCGGCUCCAUCCCCCGGCGCAUGUGGAAGUGCAACAAUGCCACCGUGGACUGGGAGUGGUGUGCACCACUGCCGCGGGACCGGCUCCAACACACCCUGGUGUCUGUGCCCGGGAAAGAUGCCAUCUAUUCGCUGGGUGGCAAGACGCUGCAGGACACCCUGUCCAAUGCCGUCAUCUAUUACCGCGUGGGCGAUAACGUCUGGACAGAAACAACCCAGCUGGAGGUGGCGGUGUCGGGGGCUGCGGGGGCUAACCUCAACGGCAUCAUCUACUUGCUCGGGGGUGAGGAGAAUGACCUGGACUUCUUUACCAAACCGUCCCGACUCAUCCAGUGCUUCGACACCGAGACAGACAAGUGCCACGUGAAGCCCUACGUGUUGCCUUUCGCGGGCCGCAUGCAUGCGGCCGUGCAUAAGGAUCUGGUGUUCAUCGUGGCCGAAGGGGACUCCCUCCUGUGCUACAACCCCUUGCUAGACAGCUUCACCCGGCUCUGCCUGCCGGAGGCCUGGAGCUCCGUGCCGUCCCUCUGGAAGAUCGCCAGCUGUAAUGGCAGCAUCUAUGUAUUCCGGGACCGAUACAAAAAGGGCGAUGCCAACACCUACAAGCUUGACCCUGCCACUUCCGCCAUUACUGUCACCAAAGGCAUUAAGGUACUGCUGACCAAUCUGCAGUUUGUACUGGCCUGAGCCCCGGGGCGGGGGGGUCACUGACUCUGCCCCCUCCCCCGACCUUUCUGGUACCCACCCAUCUGAACCACAAGGCCCAAGACCCUGAUUCAGAUUACGAGGGUGCUGGGGGCACGCGUUAGAAAGGCCCCGUCCCUGAGGGGCCCUGCCUGCGGGUCUGCGGGUGUUCAGCUGGGCGCCUGAACUGAGACAGACCAGUGCUCUGCCGCCCCGGGGAAGCCCAUGCUCACUGUGGAUUGCUCCAUGUAGCCUCCCUCCAGCCCUUAGGCCCCCCACUCCCCCCUUUACCUGACCUUUGUUAAAUAGACAUACCCCCCCACCGACCCCCAGGCAGAAGCCAAGACGCCCAGUCUCCUUUUGUUCUACAGCCUGCAAAGUGGCUAGUUGGUCAUGUUUUCACAAAGAAUUAGGUGUUAAGCGUUUUCAAGACUCCGUGCUUUACUGGGAGAAGGGACUGAGCUGCAGGUGUUCUUCACCAGCAAGGCCAACUCUCACGCCGAGGAUGCUCUCUCUCUCCUGUUCGCCCACCCACCUGUCAGAAGGUAUACUCUGGUUUCAUUUUUGGCUAACUCCCAGGAGUAAGCCAGGAAGAAGUACAAAUGUUAUUUCUGAAUAAUAGCAGAAAAUUUUUUUCAGACUCAAAAUAUGUAAGGUUUCUUUUAACUCUUAAGAUAGGUCAAGAGCUAUGUUCAUACAAAUAAAGGUUUUUUUGAGGGUAUACUUGUGUGUUAUUAUAAAGGGGUACCUUCCCAUGGAAAACUACACACCUACCGAUGCCAUUUCUAAGUCUGCGGCAAUACUUACUAAAUACCACUCUUCCUUUACUAGUUACAGGACCACUGUUCCAACAGGGGACUCGAGAGAGCUAUGCACGUGGGAGGCCUGGGCCCAAUCCCCAGCACCACCUAUUCCUCUAGAAAUGACCCCUGAGCUCUGAUCCAGAAGCUGUCCUGAGAACUGCCAGGUGUGGCCCCCGCAAAAAAAAAAAAAAAAAAAGGUGAGGCUCCUGGGCCUAUGAGAUCCUGCUGAAGAGCCAGAUUCUUCCAGCUUUUUUCCAGUAAGGACUGUCUGAUCCUGCCAAGGAUCAUUGAGCAGGGUGAAGUGUUCAGAUUUCUUUGACCUCUUCUAUUAAAGAUACCCUUGGGGCUGGAGAGAUAGAUAAUCCAUCGGGUAGGGCGGUUGCAUCCCAAAUACCGCCAGGACUGAUUCCUUUGCAGAGCCAGGAGGAAGCCCAAAAUAAACAAAAAAGAUACCCUCCUGCCAGGGCACAAAGAGAUGGCCUGCAAGCGUGCACAUGUCUUGCAUGUUCGUGUUCCAGCUCUGAACCCAGGAUAGGUUUGAGCCUCCAGAGUCCUGCCAGGCAGAGCACAGAAACCGAGGCCGGCACAGAGGGCUGAGCUUCAGAGAAGGGGACCAGGCAUCACUGAGGAGCCCCGUAUUACAAAGACACGUGGGGUCUGAGUGAUAGUAAGGGUUAAGGCACAUCCCUUGCACACAUCUGCCCUUGGUUGAAUCCCUGGUACUGCAUAUGGUCCCUCAACA